AUGAGCUACUCAUCGUACGAGAGCGCAUACAUAACCGGAGACAACACGGCGAAGAACAAAUACAAGGGCAUUCGCCGCCGCAAGUGGGGGAAGUGGGUCUCGGAAAUUAGGGUCCCAGGGACUCCCGACCGUCUCUGGCUAGGCUCAUACGCCACUCCGGAGGCAGCUGCAGUUGCCCACGACCGCCCCCUUAACGUCCCUCUCGUCUUGCCCGCCGGUGCCGCCCUCGGGAUUUCGCCCAAGUCGGUGCAGAGGGUCGCAUCGGACGCCGGCCUAGCAGUCGACGCUCGUCUGUCGGGGUCGAGGGUCGAUUCACGGCAGCCAAACGAGUGUUCGGAAAUAAACAAUCGCGAGCAUCUCGAUAUCUCGGUCGACGAUUAUCUCUAG